AAAAGAGUCAAUUCAAAUUGGAAAAUUGUCUGAACCAAUCAACUUUCAUAACGAUAAUCGAUAAACAUCAAAUUCCUCGCCACAUCCAACACAAUCUUUCCCUUUUUAAUCCCACCAAAUUUCUCGGAAUCACACUCGUCAUCUCUCUCUCAUUCUCAGGUUGAUUUAUAUAGUUUUUAGCAAUGGGAAGUGCGUUAUCGGUGUUGACUCAGUAUGAUAUUGAAGAAGUUCAAGAACACUGUAAUCAUCUAUGUAGUUACUCAGCAAGAGAUAGUGACUCUUUACAAGAGAUUUUGCCAACUAGAUAGGAAUUCCAAAGGCUUCAUAUCAAGUGAUGAGUUCUUAUCCGUACCUGAGUUUGCUAUGAAUCCACUUUCUCAGAGGUUGCUUAAAAUGACAGAUGGGCUGAAUUUCAAGGACUUUGUUGCAUUCUUGUCUGCUUUCAGUGCUAGAGCAACUGUACAACAGAAAAUCGAGAUUAUCUUCAAAGUAUAUGAUUCUGAUAGCAAUGGGAAGGUGACUUUCAAAGACCUUAUAGAAGUGCUCCAGGAUCUCAGUGGCGCGUUUAUAUCAGACAAGCAACGAGAGGAGGUUCUUAGUCAGCUGUUGCAAGAAGCAGGUUACAAAAAAGAGUCAUCUCUUAUGUUGGACGACUUCAUCAAGAUACUGGAUCAUCAAGGUUUGAAGAUGGAGGUGGAAAUCCCAGUGGAUUAGCCUAGUCAAAGCUACUCAUCUUCAUCUUCAUCUUCAUCUUCCUUGAAAAUGUAGCAACUUGUGUAUGUGUACAAAUGUAAUAUUGAAGUAUUAUUACACCUUUGAAGAAAUUUCUUCAACAAACAGAGGAAAUAGGAGACCUGUAUCUAAAUAAAUCUUAGUCUUUGCCGAUU